AUGCAUCUUUCCUAUUGAAAUUCAUGGAAUUAUGUUUGUUGCUUCUUGUCGUAGGUAAUGUAAUGAUACAGAGCAGCACAACUUAUAACAAAUACCAAGCAGCAAAAUAAUGUAACGUUAAUUCACCAAGGAAAGUAGGGAACAGGAACGCACCCAAAGAGGAGGAUACAUACAGCAUCAUUUCAGGAAAAGUCCUUGGUCCAAGACAUGCAACAACAUCCAAACCAACACAAUGAUCCAAGGAGACAGGAAAAAAGAUGUUGGAUUGGAAAGGAAAUCCAGUGGCAUCACCCAUCACUCCCAACAGAACAAAAUCAUUAUCUUGAUUACUGUUCAGACGCCAGCGUGCUCAUUGUCCUUACACCGAAAUAAAGACACUGCCGAUGGUGAAGAACAGGAAACAAAGAUACACAAACAGGAAAUAAAAGGUCGUCUUCCUGCACCAGUGAAGUUGUCACAUAAGUGGCUUGACCCGUUUACGGUGAACGUGUCUUGGCUGAGACCAAGGGGAUUGCCGGACCACUGCAACAUCCGUUACAAAUAUGGACCAUAUUCUUCCACCGAGUGGCGGAACAUCACCAUGACUCUCCUGACGGAAAAAGCUGGAUCUUCUGGCUGGCCAUUUGCCGUCCAGACGGUCAGCGUUGACGACUGCAAAGUAAAUGAGAGCACACCGGCGGUCAUCACCAUCCACGCCCCGCAGGCCCGCGCUCAGCUCGUGAAGGACUUCAAGUGCCUCCUCCAAGCUGAUAAGAUGGAUUGUUAUUGGAUUCCGAUUGAUCCCUUUGUCAACCUGACGCUUUCUUAUAGGAUCUGUGGUGAUGAAGAUAUCGGUGGUUUGCAGGUGUGUGAGGAACCUUACCACCGUGGAGUCAGGAACGGCUGCUACCUUAGCACCAACUUUGUCAACAAGGACAUCUGCAUGCUCUUGAGCAGCCAGGCAGGGAUAAGCACGUUUCAACCAAAGCGAGUGGUUUCUCCUCCAACUCUGAGCUACAGUGUGGAUGGAAACAAGCUCAACCUGAGCUGGACCACUCCGGAGGUGUUGCAGGACUGCAGUUGGGUCUACGAGUUGUGCUACAAAGGAUGCAGUGAAUCCCAUAUAUGCGAGACUUUCUACAUCGCCAGUGGACAACCCCGGAAGAUAGCCUACGAUCAAAGCUGCAGUUAUGAGUUAAGGUCCCGGGUUGUAAAAGCCGAAUACUGCCAUGAAAUGGAUAGUGACUACAGUACAAAGAUGAUUCCUGCCCAGACUCCAGGCAAGUCUCCCAGCGUAACAUUGAUUGUCGUAGCCAUUGUCGUCCCUCUCGUCCUGUGUUUCGUCAUCUUUUUGCUCACCUAUUGCAUCAGGAGGCACAGCGCCAUUCUCUACCCUGCCAUACCCGACCCAUCAGUGAUAUUCAAAACUGAAAUCAAGACGCUGACAAAUCUUUACACACCUGUGCCAGAACCUGUAGAGCCCUGCAAAAUUAUUAUACCUCAGGGACAUUGCACUUCUCAAGUGACCAACGCAUCCUCUGGGCUAAUACAGCAGAACCUUACAGGGUGAGCGGUUCUGUUCAAGAAGAGAGACACAAUGAGGAAAUGCACUGAACCUUAAAAAGGACACUUGCCAAAGUAAUAUAAGGAAUCAGGGUGUACAAAAGAUGGUCGUCACACUCCUCAGGACUGCAAGUAAACUUGUUUGCAAAGGCGGAGGACGAUGCAAUAAACUACUGUAAGAUUUUGCACAACACGAGGACAUGCAGGACAUGUGCGGAUGUGUUACGCGCAGAGUCUUUCUGAAAAGACACUCAGCUUCUGUCCAGUUUGCAUUUUUGACUCAUCCAGACUUGCGUUGUUCGCUCAAGAAUGCUUUAUUGUUUUUUUUUAUGCUGCAUGACUGCUCAGUGAGAUCAGUGGAAAUAGAAUAACAAUUGAAACAUUUAAAUGUGAGAAUACUUUUUUUCCCUACAAAAUUCUGCACACCAUAAUGAUGUGAAACUUUUUUUUGUUUACGCAUGUAGUUAUGAAAAAAAACAACCAAGAAACCUUGGCAAGCAAAAUAUUUAUGAAUGGAUGGUAUGGCACCGCUUAGAAUAAAAAAGUAUUUUUAAUCACAAUUGGCUUGAAAUAUUGAACCUAAUUUAUCUAAAAUAUUUUGCAUGGUCAUGUUUGAAUGGGAUGAAUUUGGGUGGUUUGUAUACCAACCACUGAAUUAUUAUUAUUAUUAUUUAAUUUACUUUUAAUUAAAAUAAAACACAAGUAUUUUAUGGUGUAUAAUCAUAUGGUAUAUUUUAUGUGUAUAUAUAUUUUUUACAUAAUUUAAUUGUUAUGACUAUUUCAAAGGCAGAGUAUAUUUUAUUUCAUAUUUUUAAAAGACAUACUCCCGCACACACUCCUCCCAUUUCCGGCCUAGUGAGUGAGUGUGGUUUCCUCGGAAGACGCUGGAAAUUAAAGAAAAAUAGACUUGCUCAGUUAGCUUCCACUUCCAUAGUACGCCCUGCGCAGUUUUGGCCGCCAUAAUGGAAAGCAGAAUCCACAAACAUUGCUAUAUAGACGCUAACCCCGCCCAACUCUCUUGCUUUCCAUCAUGGCGAACCACGGCAUACUACACUCGGUUACAUUCAAUUGCGGGAGAUGCACCUCCCAUAUUGUCAAGCGUCUUUGGUCCUGAAGCUGAAGAAAUCCCAACGGAAAAACACUUGAAAUUAGUUUCAGUGGAGCUCACUGACACUUUAAAGCUUUAAAGAAAGUUUCAAUCGGGAUGGUUUUUUUUCGAUGUUUGCUUAGUCUCUUGCUAGCAGCAGCUUCUCCAAGUGAAACGG